AUGAUAGACCCAAGCUCGUCCGAGGAGGAGAGCGAGGAGGAUCAGAGCACUCAUCAUGGCGGUGGCGGUGGCGGAGGUCGUGCUGGCAGCGGCAGCUCUCACGGUUCCCGUCGUCAUCCUAGCAGCAUCGGCAGCGGUCCAGGUUCUGGUAGCGUCGGUUCGCUCGCUUCGGGCCUCACGGCCUCGCCCGGUGGCCCGAAUCACGUGGGUCCGCCCAGCACUGCGAGCACCCAUGGGUCCGGAAGUCGCACCACCGUGGGUCCGCAAGACACCGCCGGGGCUGGCUUGGACGUGCCUAAUCUCAGCGCCAGGAACUCUUUAUCGCCGUCCAUGAGCGCGGCUCAAGAUGCAGCUAAUUACGCCCAGAGACCUACCAGUCCGUCUCCUUCUGUCGCCAGUGAGAAAACGGAAGCGGAGAUACAAGAUAAGCAAGAAAGGGAAGAAGAGGAGAGGAAAACUCGGAUACAGCUUUAUGUCUUUAUAUCUAGAUGCAUCGCUUAUCCAUUCAAUGCCAAGCAACCGAUGGAUAUGACGCGAAGGCAAAUGAAAGUCACAAAGCAACAAUUGGAGACUAUAUGUUCUCGUUUUCAGAGUUUUUUGAAGGGUGAGACGCAGAUCAUGGCCGACGAGGCAUUCCACAAUGCUAUACAGAAUUACUUCGACGUGUUCCUUAAGUCGGAUCGAGUAGUGCGAAUGGUGCAAAGCGGCGCAUGCUCCCAGCUCGACUUCCGCGAGGUGUUUAAGAAGAACAUUGAGAAGCGUGUUCGGAGCCUCCCGGAAAUCGACGGACUGAGCAAAGAGACUGUGCUUACGUCCUGGUUGGCCAAAUUUGAUUGCAUCUUGAAAGGUACUGGUGACGACGACACCAAACGGCCUUCCAGGAUGCAACAGCAGUCUUUAAACUCGGAGCUGAUACUAUCGAAGGAGCAGCUGUACGACAUGUUUCAGCAGAUUCUUGGAAUCAAGAAGUUCGAGCACCAGCUUCUGUUCAACGCCCUCCUGUUGGAUUCAGCCGACGAACAGGCUGCCGCCAUCAGGAGGGAGCUGGACGGUCGCGUACAGAAGGUCAACGAGAUGGAGAAGAACCGCAAGCUCAUGCCCAGGUUCCUUCUGAAAGAGAUGGAGUCGCUCUACAUCGAGGAGCUCAAGUCGUCUAUCAACCUGCUAAUGGCUAAUUUGGAGUCGUUACCGGUCUCCAAGGGUUCGAUAGACAGCAAAUACGGGCUGCAGAAGCUGAAGCGCUACAACCAUCGUGGUGAGCGCUCCCGCUGCCGCGGUCAGGGCUCCCUCGCUAAACUGGAGGGCGACUCCGCCGAUUCCGAUCCCCAGCUGACGAAAAUGGACGUCGGCCUGACCUUCCAGCUGGAAGUAGUCGUAAUGGAGGUCAAGGGCCUCAAAAGCCUAGCACCCAAUAGAAUAGUUUAUUGCACCAUGGAGGUGGAGGGCGGCGAGAAGCUGCAGACCGAUCAGGCCGAGGCCUCCAAGCCUAUGUGGGACACUCAGGGUGACUUCACUACGAUGCAUCCGCUGCCAGUAGUCAAGGUCAGACUGUACACGGAGAAUCCGGCAAUGUUGGCGCUCGAGGACAAGGAGCUGGGCAAGGUGAUUCUGCGACCCACUCCGUUGUCUUGCAAGGUGCCCGAGUGGCAUCGUAUGACUGUGCCCAAGAACUGCGCCGAUCAGGAUCUGAGGAUGAAGAUCGCCUGUCGCAUGGAUAAGCCGCUAAACAUGAAGCACUGCGGCUAUUUGUACGCGAUGGGCAAGUCCGUAUGGAAAAAGUGGAAGAAGCGGUACUUUGUGUUGGUCCAGGUCUCGCAGUACACAUUUGCGAUGUGCUCGUACAAAGAAAAAAAAAGCGAGCCGUCGGAAAUGAUGCAGCUCGAUGGCUAUACAGUGGACUAUAUCGAGGCCGUUUCUGCUAAUCUCAUGGUCGGCAUGGAUUUAGAGGGCGGAAGGUACUUUUUCAACGCUGUGCGCGAAGGCGACAAUAUAGUAUAUGCAUCGGACGACGAGAACGAAUGUCACCUGUGGGUGAUGGCAAUGUACCGGGCGACCGGUCAAUCACACAAACCCACCCCGCCGGUCUCCGUGGCGGACAAGAACUCCACCAUUAGCAAGAUCCAAGGCGAUGCCGACCGUGCGAAGAAGCACGGCAUGGAAGACUAUAUUAGUGCCGAUCCGUGCAAGUUUGAUCACCACAUUCUAUUCAAGUAUCUGCAAAACUUGAUCCUGGAUUACAGAUUGAACGAUCCUUACUGCUCCCUAGGCUGGUUCUCGCCCGGUCAAGUUUUUGUUUUGGACGAGUAUUGCGCCAGAUACGGCGUACGCGGGUGUUUUCGGCAUCUCUGCUAUCUUAACGAUCUGUUGGACAGACUAGAUCGUGGGAUUAUGAUAGAUCCAACAUUGAUACACUUUAGCUUUGCCUUUUGUGCCACUCAUGUCUACGGUAACACAACGUCGGCCGAUGGCGUGGGCUCGAUUACUCAUGAAGAGAAGGAUAAAUUUCAGGAUAUUAAAGAACGGCUUCGACAGAUUCUUGAAAAAGAGAUCACCAAUUUUAGGUACAGUUUUCCAUUCGGGCGUCCGGAAGGCGCCUUGAAAGCAACUUUAUCUCUGUUGGAACGUGUUCUUAUGAAAGAUAGCGUAACGCCUGUGCCACAAGAAGAAGUAAAAGCGCUGAUAAAAAAUUGUCUGGAGACAGCAGCACUGGUAAAUUAUACGAAACUGUCCGCCGAGGCGAAGAUCGAAGACGAUCUGAGUGGCGAGGUGUGCGUGCCCCCCAGCAAGAAGCUGGAGGAUCUCAUACACCUCGCCGAACUGUGCGUGGACCUGUUGCAGCAAAAUGAAGAACAUUAUUCGGAGGUAGCGUUCGCCUGGUUUAGCGAUCUUAUGGUGGAGCACGCCGAGAUCUUCUGGUCGCUAUUUGCCGUCGACAUGGAUAAAGUCCUCGCGGAACAACCGCCCGACACGUGGGAUAGUUUCCCGCUGUUCCAAAUAAUGAAUGAUUAUCUCAGAACUGACGACAAUUUGAAGAACGGAAGGUUCCAUCAGCAUUUACGCGAUACAUUUGCGCCAUUAGUAGUGCGUUACGUUGAUCUGAUGGAGACAUCGAUCGCUCAGUCGAUCCAUAAAGGUUUCGAGAAGGAGCGAUGGGAAAUAAAAGGGAACGGUUGCGCUACUUCGGAGGAUCUUUUCUGGAAGCUGGAUGCGUUGCAGUCGUUCAUCGGCGGACUUCACUGGCCCGAUCAGGAAUUUAGGCAACAUCUCGAACAGAGGCUGAAGCUGAUGGCUUGCGACAUGGUGGAAUCAUGUAUACAGAGGACCGAUGCGGCCUUUCAACAAUGGCUGAAGAAAGGCGUGACUUUUAUUUCGACCGAUUAUAUUAUACCAUCGGAAAUGUGCGCUAUGGUGAAUGUUAUUUUGGAUGCCAAGAAUCAGAGUUUUAAACUUUGUACUGUCGAUGGUGUUGAUGUGCAUCAAUAUCACGCCAAAAUCGAUGACAUGAUUGAGAAGACUUCAGCAGGAAUGAAUCAAGGAAUGAUUAACAAGCUAAUAACAGUAUUGGAAACGACACUCUCAAAAUUAUCUCGUUAUGACGAGGGAUCGCUUAUCGGCUCCAUUCUUAGUCUUACGAAGGUAUCAGGAAGCGGAAAAGAAAUGGGACAAGCCUAUGUAAACUUUACGAGAAACUGUAUGGAUCAGAUUCGCAGCAAAGUCCUUGACGAGUUGUGGAUUUUGACUUUCUUCGAGCAAUGGUAUACAGCACAGAUACAAAUGUUAUGUAACUGGUUGUCCGAGAGGCUCGAUCAUAGCUUACAUUUGUAUCAGUGUACCUGCCUAGCUCACAUCGUGAAAAAGAUCUAUUCGGACUUUGAGCUCCAAGGUGUCAUGGAGGAGAAACUCAAUACGAAGACAUAUCAGACUAUAGACAAAAGAAUGAAGACAGAAGAAGCAACUUGUGCCUUAACCAUGAGCGCUCAGAAUGAAGAAGGGCUUUCGGAGAAUGGCAAUGACGAUGAGGUUGAGAGACCUAAGACAAAAGUGACGAUCGUUGAGACGAUAACGGAAGACGCGAAUUAUGUAGCCAAUCUGAGCAACGUUACUUCGAACGUUGUUGGCAAAGUUGGUAGUAUGUUUGGCAAAGGCAUCGGCGGUCUUUCUACAAAAUUCGGCUCAGCCAGUAAUUGGUUCUAGUUAUUGUUUCUAGCACUCUGCCAGUAAAAAAACCUUACAUUCGACUAGUACGUUCCUUCGUCUAAAUAAGAGGAUACGAAUGGGGCAAGAUUUCUAAAGGCGUAGCCAGUCUUAUCUUAUAGGCAGUACGAUGAUCUAGAGUUUUGUCCAUAUAAACGAAUAAUACGAUUAAAACGAUGCAAUCGAUCGGAUCAGUUGGCUUUUAUCAUCUCGCAAAAUCGUUUCAAUUUUAUUGCGGAGUUUCUUUGAGACUUUUGAUAGUUUAUCCAGAAUUAAUACUAAAAAAAUUAUUUAUUGAUGGGCUCACGAUUGAGAAACUAAUUAUUGAUAUAUUUUUGUUUACUUAGAUAUAGUUUCUCUGAAUUUCUAUUAAUAAAUUUUUUAGAUCUCGUAAAACGCGCGUGUUAAAAAUUAUCGUAUUCGUUUUAAUUGACCGUUCAAAUUCAUUUAAAUUCGUUUUAACCAAUUCGUUUGACCAUUUUAAUUAUGUUUGAUCUCAGGUAAUAGCAAAGAUAUAGUUGAAAUAUAUUCGGAAAGGCUGAUUGUGUGCAAGAACACGCACGAUAUAGGCAAGAGUAAACGCGUAGAUAUAUCUAAUCAUAUUAUAAACAAAAGUAUAUGUAUAUAAACGUACACAUGCACACAUAUGCAAUGUAAUUAUGAGAUAUUCAUACAUUUUGUCGUAGUCUGCAUGUGUCAGACUAACAUUGCUAAUAUAUAUAUAUAUAUAUAUAUAUAUAUAUAUAUAUAUAUAUAUAUAUAUAUAUAUUAGCUGUGAAUUGUCGGAACACAGAAUAUACAAAAUUUUUCCUACUGUGUAUCGCAAGUUGGUUUUGCGGAUUUAGUUGUCGAAGGAUAAAAGUAAGGGCACGUAUUUUGCGUAAAACUGGGAAAGAUUCUCGGGUCGAUUGCAACGUUAUGUAGAUGCGGAAUAUGGGGAAACGCGACAGUAAUAUGAAAAAUUGCGAAACGGAAAUGAGAAAAAAGGAAAGUAAAAGAAUACAUGACUUGUCGAAACCGCUUUAUUUCGCGACCAAUAAUGCUUUUCCAACUGUUAGAUACGAUCGCUGUUAUCUGUUGGACGACCAUUCGCCCGAUAUUCGAGCAAAAGAAAUGUUCUUUUGAAUGAGAAAUAAGAUACACAAGAUGAGAUCAAGAGAUUUGUCGAGAAAUAUUUUAUUUCUUUUAUGGGGAGAAUCUAAAGUCGAUUUUUCCAGUGCAAGAAUUGUCAGCAUUAAAAAUUUAAUCGUAAAUUGAUCUUCGUUGAAAGUCCUUCAGAAAUUAAAAUUGAUAAUCAAAAUUCCUCUAAAAUUUAAUUGAUAAAAUAUCUUGCAAAUUUUUGCUGAGGAUUGAGUCUAUAUUCGUCUAGGUCUCAAAUAUUUUUCGAAGUCCUGGGCAUUCUAUAUAAGAAUUGAUAUUAAUUUAAUUAUUCACAUAUUUCGUGAAUAUUAGAUUGUAUAAUGAAUGUGUCGGAUUUAUGCAGUUGAUUUCUAAUUCGUGUGGAGAACUCAAUUAAUAAGUCAAACGGCAAUAAAUAGUAGACAUUUCAGCGUAGAAUUUAAAAAAUUAAUCGGGUCGCAACUUGUGAUACGUUGUUGGCGUAAUCUUUCGUAGCUUUUUCCGAUGGUACUAUAUUUACUAAAUAUAUACGCAAAGAAGUUUAAGCAUAUUAACUAGUCGCGAUCGAAUGGUCGCUGACAACCAUCAGAAGCAGUGAACGUAGUAGCACGUUGUGUCUUUUAUCUACGUUACAUUAUUACAAAUUAUUAUACAAAUCUAUGCACGAUAUCGUUAAUAAUAGCGUAUUGUCCGCGAAUUACUAUAUAAAAAAAUUAAUUAUUUAUUUGCAAAUGAGAAAGAAAAUACGAGCAAUUAUGCACAGUGAAACUUUCUUGGUGAGAGUCGAAUCGAAAGAAAAUAAUUAAAAAAUUCACCACUUAUUAAAGAGUAUUAAAAUCUUUAUUUUAAUAUUACAAACAACAAUGAAGGGAGAAUUCUUUAAUUAAAAAUCGUACGAAGGCUAUUAAUGUUUCGCCAAAAUAAACUUCUUCAUGUGCACCAAACUGAGUGCUCGUUUGAGAAUAUUUCACUCUUAAGAGUAACUCUCGCAAUAUUCUGAAAUUCUCUAGUGAUCUGAAAACAUUUUGGUAGUAAUUCGCAACCAGGUUUGCUAGAUUUUGCUGCUGGGGAAGUCGCUUUUGAGAAGAUUGAAAUAUAUAAAUAAAUCGCGCGUGGGUUGGAUAUUGAA